CAGCGCGUGCGCGGCGGGCGCAUCCCGGGUCGGCGCGCGGGGGGACGGCGGGAGAGGCUGGCAAUGGUGCUGGAGACUUUGGCCCGCAUCGUCAAGGUCCAGCUGCCCGCGUACCUCAAGCGCCUGCCGCUGCCCGAGAGCGUCGGCGGCUUCAUCCGCCUCACAGUUUCAGAAUGGCUGCGGUUACUGCCUUUCCUGGGUGUGCUGGCCUUGCUCGGUUACCUUGCUGUUCGUCCCUUCCUCCCCAAGAAGAAACAGCAGAAGGAUAGCUUGAUUAACCUCAAGAUCCAGAAGGAAAAUCCCAAAGUAGUGAAUGAGAUCAACAUUGAAGAUCUGUGCCUCACUAAAGCUUACUGCAGGUGUUGGCGUUCAAAGACGUUCCCUGUCUGUGAUGGCUCCCACAACAAGCACAAUGAGUUGACAGGAGAUAAUGUAGGUCCACUAAUACUCAAGAAGAAAGAAGUAUAGCAGAUGCUUAAUCUAGAUCUUGACUGAUAAAAAGUCUUUUAUACUGUUGUAGUUGCAAGGGACAGCGUUUUGUUAUGUGAUUGGUAUGAUUUAGUUUCAUGAUUGCUGUAGAUUUCUUUUUGGAAUAAAUUGCAUUUAGACAGUGAUGAAUUUGUCACUGUUUUGGUACCUUAUUCUGAGAAGAAUUUUGCCUGCUUUGUAAAACUGUAAAGUACCUAUCUCUGUAAAUAAGUCGUUUAUUUCAAUAAUAAAUUGACUUUCUACAA